CAGUGAAAGUCCCCAUUACGGAGAAAAGGCAAAAGCAGCGAAGGAGAAGCAAGAACUGAAUAUACAACAAAAGAAGAAGAUAUGCAAAAGAUGAUGAAAAACAGAAGCACUUGUAAUCUCAGCAACGAGAUUAGCUGGUACGAGAAUCCAUUUUAUUAUUCUAAUCAUCAUAAUCAACAGCAACAGCGCACAAGUACCAAGCAUCUUCAUCGUCAAGUGAAACCUGUAAUGGAUUCCGAACUGGGCAUUGCUCGAGCACAGAUCAUCGACUUGAAAGCCGAGGUGAACUACGAACGUAAAGCACGUAAACAAGUGGAGUCUCUGAACAAGAAACUGGGGAAAGAAGUAGCCGACGAACGAAGGGGAAAAGAAGCGUUGGAGAUAGUGUGUGAAAAGCUUGCGGCCGAAAUCACUUUCAAGAAAUCGGAGAUUGAUCGAAUGAAAAGGGAGUUCGAGGAGGAAAGAAAGAUGCUGAAGAUGGCGGAAGUUUUGAGGGAAGAAAGAGUUCAAAUGAAGCUGGCCGACGCCAAGAUUCUGUUCGAGGAGAAGGUGAAAGAAUUGGAGGAGAUUAAACGCAGACAACCCGAUGAUGCUUCGAACAAGAAAGAAGAUGAUUCGGAAGUGUCGACGAGAUUUGUAUUGAGUGAAAAGCCAUCAAACGGUAUUGCUACGGUGUCUUCAUCGACGGCGGUUCAGCAAAAAGCAUGUGCAGAAGCUGAGAAUCCUCACAUAAAGCGAGGGAUCAAAGGGUUUGUGGAGUUUCCGAGAGUGGUUCGAGCAAUCGGAUCGAAGAGUAGGCAUUGGGAUUCAAAGCUUCAGCGUCAAAAAGCUCAGUUAAGGAUUCUACCCCCAUCCAAGUAA